CACUUCCAGGUUUACAUCUCUGAACGAGCACCUAUCGCAACUUCUUAUCUCCUCGCCCCAUCACCCCCGGAUUCGGACCUUUAACACCUUCGUUCUUACCUUUUAAACCCCGUCUACUCUUGAUUUUGAGCCGUCGACUGUUAUUGUUUCUUUUCUCACUUUCAAAUCAAAUAUGGCUUCCAAAGAGAAGGAUCCAAAAGAUCCUGUUGAGGAUAAGGACGCUCUCGACGCGCUUGAGGCGGAGUCAAAGGAGUUCGACAAGGAUGCCGAAAUAGAUCGCAUCUUGAAGGCCUUCCGCUUAGAUGCCUACGCAGUUCUAGACCUGAACCCCGGCGUCCCCGAAUCCGACAUCAAGGCGACGUACCGCAAGAAGUCACUCCUCAUCCAUCCCGACAAGACGAAAAACCCACAAGCCCCGGAAGCCUUCGACAGGCUGAAGAAGGCGCAGACGGAACUGAUGGACGAGAAGCACCGGGAGCGGCUCGACGAGGCGAUCGCAGACGCGCGCAUGCUGCUGAUCCGCGAGAACAAGUGGACGGUAGACAGCCCGGAGCUGAAGACGGAGGAAUUCGCGCAGCAGUGGAGGGUGAAGACCCGCGAGGUGCUCAUCGACAACGAGAUGCGGCGCAAGCGCCAGGCCAAGGCGCAGAUGCAGGAGGAGGGCCGCGAGCAGCGCCGAGCCGACCAGGAGGUCGAGGACCGCAAGCGCAAGCGCCAGCACGAGCAGGACUGGGAGAGCACCCGCGACCAGCGCAUCGACAGCUGGCGCCAGUUCCAGAAGUCCAAGUCCGGCGACGACAAGAAGAAGAAAAAGAAGCUGAAGCCUAUCGGUUAAGAAAGAAGUCGAAGACGACGAAGAAGAGAAAACCUGUUUACUCCGCGCGGGCUUCGUUCGCCCUGCGUGGUGUCUGGGUUUUUCGCGGAACGGGAU